UUUUUUCCUAUAAUUUAACCUAUAUAAAGACCACAUGUCAUGCUCUCUCUCUAGAAGAGUUUGGGCGCCAUGGAAGACUUAAGCUUCUUCUUUGGCAUUCUGGGAAAUGUGAUUUCGAUUCUGGUCUUUGCAUCGCCCAUAGGAACAUUUCAGAGAGUGGUGAAGAAGAAAUCGACAGAGAACUUCAAAGGUUUGCCAUUCGUCUGCACUCUUCUCAGCACGUCGCUGUGGAGUUACUAUGGACUCCUCAAGCCAGGAGGAUUGCUCGUUCUCACUGUUAACGGUGUCGGUGUCGCCAUGGAAGCCAUCUACGUCUCUCUCUUCCUCUUCUAUGCACCCAAAAAUGUCAAGGUGAAGACAGCAAUGUUGGUGCUCGUUUUAAAUGUGGGAUUUUUGGGACUAGUGAUUAUGGUAACUAUGCUCCUACUCCAUGCUCCUCUGCGUCUCCAAGUGGUGGGCUUUCUAAGUGCUGCCUUGACUCUAGGCAUGUAUGCUUCUCCAAUGGCGGUCAUGAGGAGGGUGAUAGUUACGAAGAGCGUGGAGUACAUGCCUUUCUUCCUCUUCUUGAAUGGUGGGGUUUGGUUCCUGUAUUCGCUGCUCGUCGGAGACUUUUUCAUUGGGGUACCUAAUGGGAUAGGAUUCAUACUAGGAGCCACACAACUAAUUGUGUAUGCAGUCUAUCGGAAUUCCAAGAGCACGGAUCAGAAACCGGACAUGGAGGAAUUGGAUACCAAACACUGUUUUGAAAUCGAAAUGCCUCGCACUGAUAAAAAUCUAGAAAAAGCUGAAGAUAAUUCGAUCGAAAAUGUGAAUCUCCACAAGGUAAGAAGCCCCCCAAAAACACGCAAGCAAGACAACUUCUAGAAGAUGCUCAAGUCUCUCCCUUCCUCGCAAUUCGAAUUGCAUGCAGACUAGCACCGGCUUUACGAGGGGAGGAGAAGGCGAAACAGCUCGAGCUAGAGAUGAGGUUUAGAAGAUCAAUGCGCCAUGAGAUUUCCAUAUUUUCAUUAAUUUUAUUCAUGUCUUGUAAAUGUGGUUUGGAUUUGGAUUUCGAUGAAUUUAUGUGGACAUGAGUAUACCUAGUGAAGUGGUUCUUCAUCAGUACAAGGAGCUAUAUAAGGGAUUAGUUUAAGCCCUGUAAAGUAGAUUACUCUUAUUAAUGUCACUACUUUGAGCAUUUUGAUUA